AUGACACGACCGAACAUCGUUAGAGCCGACACGAUCGAUCUGCAGGACCAGGACAAUCCUACCGCCGCCGAGCACCAGAAGCCUGUCAUCCAUGGCGGACUGGGAGCGCAUCAGCGCGCCGAGGUACACCAUGUCCUCGAAGAGCGCAAUUCGGAAGAGCAUGCGUUGGCAGAUGCGUGGAACAUGUCUGGGGAUAUAACGGAGGAGCCGGGCACGAUCGACCACAGCCAGAACCAGCAUUUAGAGCAGGACAGUGCGACGAACGGGAUGCAGAGGGAUGGGGAAGACGAUGGCGAGAACGGGGAGACAGAGGGAGACGCGGACGAUGACAUGAUGGAUAGGAUAUCGAGCUCGCCGAGCAUCGACGAUGGUGGGUUUACAUCGCCCUCUUCUUUAACCCCUGUUAGGCACAACCCAGCGAUCGAGAGGGUGAAAUGGCCACCACGCACAUCGAGCCUUUCACCUUCGCCUCGCGACACUCCAACAUCAACACGCGAACGGACUUCCAACCAGUCCGCUCAUUCACCACCGGACUCUUCACCGCUUCAGCAGACGCCGCAGCAUCUCCCGCUGCACGUCCGCAGAAUCGGAAGAGUCCCUUCACCUCUCGUCAGCCAGCCUGAUCUGUCUCCGAGUCCGUCUCUGGACGACGAGGUACAUCUACCGGCAAGACCUGUUCCAUUCAAGCGCACACAGCGUUCUUCUUCUGCGUCAAAGUAUCGUCAUUCAAAGGGUAGGUAUGAGGAGCCAUUGGACCACCUUGCUGGAUCACCGAUAAUGCAAUCAGCGGCCGCAAUGCACGGAUCGGGCACGGAUCCUGAAGUCAGGAAGGUACAGUUCGCCACGGGUCCAGAGGAGCAAGAUCCCGACAUGAAUUCAUACGACGAUCAAAACAGUGAGCGAUCCGUCAUCGUCCACAGCAUCGAAGCCGAAUCCAGGCCAAUCGAAAGCCCGUUCCGCAAGAAUCCUUUCACCAGCAACUUGGCCGACACUACACGACCAGGGCUUCCCGACCCGUCGAGCUUCAACAGCCUCGCCAGCCUGGACAUGGACGAUGUGCUACUACCAAACGAUGACCCGCUGUUGGACACCCCGCCAUCGCCGACAGACUCCGCGGACUCCUGGGAAAGCUCCGAGGCGGACAGCCUGGAUGAAGAUGAGAAUGAUGAUGACACUGACGCUCUCUUUGACCCCCUUGACGAUCGUUUCAUUGAUUCUGGUUGGGGUGGCGAGUGCUUACGUGAUACAGAAGACAUCGAUUUCGAGUUCGUCUACGCGCUGCAUACCUUUGUCGCAACAGUCGAGGGGCAAGCCAACGCGCAGAAAGGCGAUACAAUGGUUCUGCUUGACGAUAGCAAUUCGUAUUGGUGGCUUGUCCGUGUGGUAAAAGACAACAGUAUCGGAUACCUGCCUGCGGAACACAUCGAGACACCAACAGAGCGGCUGGCAAGGUUGAAUAAGCACAGAAACAUCGAUCUAUCUGCCACCAUGCUCAGCGACAACUCUGAGAAGACCCGGAAUCCGCUCAAAAAAGCCAUGAGGAGGCGAAACGCCAAGACCGUGCAGUUCGCAGCACCGACAUAUGUUGAGGCCUCCGACUACGACUACUCAUCAGACGAGGAAGACCAGCCACCCAUAGACCCCUACGCUGGCGUUGUUCAAUCCGAGGACACCCAGCAAGAGGAGCACGUCGAAGAGGAACCAGCUGCGGAGAAGGUCACGACACCAGAAGAGGGCGGACUUUCACGGGCGUCGUCGUCUUCGUCACGUGCUUCCUUUGACCGCGAACAGGCUGCGACGGCUGCAGCUGCUCUCAAUGGUAAUGUCGAUGAGCCGCAACUCAGCCCGAAGCUUGUGGAUAAGACCGAGGCUGCACCGCUGAAGUCACGCCGAACACGUAAUACAGAUUCAUUCCUCAAGGACGACACGAUAGAAACGCGGAAGAUCACCUUGACUCCUGGGUUGCUUCGAGAGGAGGGCAAGAACUCAUUAUCCACCGACAGCACGCGGAAUCCCAGCUUGGAGAACCUGGUGAAGACGGUUUCGCCGACGGAGUCCCUGAGCAAGAAAGACAGCAAAAAGGAGAAGAAAGAGAAGAAGGGCGGCAUGCUCAGCGGCCUUUUCAAGAGCAAGAAGAAGGAUAAGAAGUCGAAGGAGGACAUGUCAGUAGCGGAUUUGAGCGAUGCUGAGAAGGCUUCGUACGAGGCACAAUCACCCACGCACAGCCCCGUGCAGAGUGGACGAGUCUCGCCAGAGAAGGACAAUGCAGGCUCGUUGGCACCGUCAGACAUUCGAAGGCAGGAGGUUCAGACGAGGCAGCCGACUAGAGGCAAACUCCAGAAAGCACCACCGCAUUCACAGACCUCUAUCCCAGCACGCGAAGCGCCUCCGCAGGAGCCACCGCAGCAACAAGCACCGGAAGAGCCAAAGGAGAUGGUUGCAGAGCUCCAAGGCUCUGAAGUCGCCUAUGAGAUGGGUGCCGCAGAGCCUGAACAAGCAGCGACAGACGACCAACCGCAUCUUCACACCGAGCUGGCCCUUCAAGACAAGCAGACUAAGGAGGGAGCACUGUCACCACUCACGAACGUGCUCGGCCCCGACACAAGCAAGAGCCAGAAGCCCGUCAAGGCGAAGAAGGUCAAACAGCGCAUGGAGCUCGACGACUUCGACACGCCUACAGACGACGAAGGACCGAACCCGUUCAAAGAGCAGGACAAGCGGGCAACUGGCACGCAAGAAGACGGCUUAUCCGAGAGUCCCGUCGAAAUCACGCACAGCACCUUCAUGCACGGCACCGAAUCCAUCCACAUCCCUAUGCCCGGCGCCAACGACCCCCGCGACCUCCCCGACGACGAAGACGACAAGGAAGUCGAAGUCGAAGACGAAGAAGAGCCAGACAGCCUCACCUCCUCCCCCAGCAUCGUCUCCGCCCCCAACAACCAACCCAAAGACGCCCCCACCACCACCCUCGCGCCCACCCGCGGCCUCUCCACCGACUCCCUCCCCUCCGCCACCUCCUCUGCAGAUCCAAUAAGCCCAGCUUCCCAACAGCCCUGGUCCGACGCCUCGCUCCGCGCCUGGCUCGAGGACGGCUCCGAGGUGCGCGACAUGCUCGUCCUUAUCUACGAUACGUCCGGGGUGACGGCCGUGGGGCGGGAGCAUCCCGUGAUGAAGGGGUUGUUUGAGCGGGAGCGGAAGGGGGUGGAGGGGAUGUUGGGGGAGUUGGAUGGGUUGUUGGCGGGGUUUUUGGGGAGGAGGGGGAUCCAGCUUAAUUGA